ACGGAGAUAGAUUUUGGGCAGCUUUCGCUAAAGCUCCGAAGGGCCGAAGAUUGAGCACAGAGGCUGAUACGUACAUAUGUACAUAUGGCCUCCAAUCACUAAAACGUAUAAAUUUAAAUCUUUUAUAAGACCAAUCCUCAGUAUAAAUAUGAUCGCAAUGAGCGCUGCGAUCGUUUUUAUCGCCGGACUAUUGAUGUCCCAUUUGGAGUCGAGUUCGGCACAAGUUCUAGACGAACAUUGCGGGCUCCCAGGCCUUGGACAGACGGAUGAUUCACUAGGCCCGUGGGUAGCCUUUCUGCAUGUCAAUCAAAGUAUUGUGUGUGCCGGAUCACUGAUCAGCCAGCGUUUCAUUCUGACUGCUGCACACUGUACCCCGAAGGGAAUAAAAGCCCGCUUGGGCAACAGUGGUAGCGUUCCCAGCUUGCAGCCAGAGGAUCAUGAUGUAGAAUAUACAUUUAAGAAGCGUAGUUAUAAUAAUCGAACUCUGACCAGUGACAUUGCUCUUGUAAAACUGUUCAGCCCCGUUCAAUAUAAAGAACACAUCAAGCCGAUCUGCAUUUUGUUGCCGCCACAAAUGGUUGAAGCCAAUGAGUUUGUCGGCACUGGUUGGCGGGUGCCCCAGUUUCGAUUCUCAACCCACGACCUCCGGCCCAUAUUUAUGCAAAGGGUGAACCGGUCGGUUUGCACGGAGAAGACUGGAGUAGCGUUGGCCUCCACCCAGUUCUGCGCUAAGAAUCCGAACCCAGUGACCAUGGAGGGACCUGCUGGUAGUGCCCUCUACCGGAAGGUCGUCCUUGAUGGUGUUAUGCGUGUUAUCCAGUUGGGAAUAGGAAGCUACAAUCAGCACGAUUUCGGGGACACGCGCAUUUUCACGGAUGUCCUUAGUUUUUCCUCGUGGAUUCAGAAUGUUGUGAUGAAUAUGCCCGAGUUGGGAGCUAAAAAGUCAGGUCUAUCCCAGAUACUUUAAUUGAAUUAGAUCUAAGCAGGAUUUUUAUAUAUAAAUGUUCGCAAAGACAAAUAAAUGGAUGUUAAACGGAAAAAAUUCGGCCAUACAUACAGUCGUG